AUGUCUGGAAUGUCUGCACUGUGGAACAGCCUGGGCAUUGGCGCCAGUAUAUCUGCAGCCAGAACCGAGCGCCAAAAGGCCGCCCUUCAGGCUGAUUUGAAAUAUCUCUACUCCGCCUUCACGAAAAUUCCCUGCUUGAGACUGGCUCCAGACUGGCGCGCGCGUUUGAUCAGUGGCUAUGAGGAAUUCCCCUUCGACUCCGCCGUGCCGAUUCAUGUCUUCAAGAAUUUGCAAGCCCUGGAAAUCAACAGCAUCGACUUCCGUCAAUUUUUUGGCUGGGACCGUCUUGCAGACCAACUACGAUCCCUCAGCCUAAGGCACGCCGGCAUCGAAGACCCAGCAGAUAUUUUGAUAGACAUUGUACUGGACGAUAUGGACAAGAGGCGCCGUCGUACCUCAAAGUCACAAUCAUCGCCAACUACGACUUGGGCUGGUGGCACCAACAGCCCUCGACGGAGCCCCACCGUCCCCCCGGAGCUUGUUAGAGCGGCGUCUGCUCCAGGGUCACCUGAGCAUAGAACUCUCCUCGCUGAGCUUCGCCGCGCCUCGAUGACGCCGAAUGAGCCGGUUCUGGAGGACAGUGAGAGCUCUGAUACCGCUAGGCCCUCCAUCUACCGCGACGAUGCUGAUGAUGUCCCUCGAUCCCCUUCCAAAGUUGCAAGACCUCGAAGUAUUUCCCCUACUCGUCCUGCAAGUUCAAGGCACUACUCUUCUCAAGUUCGGUCCUCUCAACAGCGCAUCAGGCGCUCCGGCUCUGGUAGUUCUCAUUCGAGUCUCUCUGAAUCUUGGCAUCAUCACGCGAGGGGUAGCUCGGGCAAUCUUUUGGCUUUGGGAAUCUUGCCAGCGUCUAAAUGGCGCUUCCUUCGACACCUUAGCCUCGCUGACAAUGCUAUUACAUCUGUCCCCUCUACAAGCCUGGCUCCUCUCUCAAAUACACUCUACUCUCUCGACCUGUCAUCGAAUCUGUUCAGUCAAAUCCCUGACAGCUUGGCUUCCCUUACCGCUCUGCGAGCGCUGAACCUUUCCCACUGCAUGAUCGACUCGCUUCAAUCCCUUACUCGCAACCCACUACCUGCUAUUACAGCCCUAAACCUUCGGGCGAACCGGCUACAGUCCUUGGCGGGGAUUGAGAAAUUAUAUCCACUGGAACGGCUUGACCUCCGAGAUAAUCGUCUCUGCGAUCCCCUGGAACUUGCGAGACUGACUGGCAUCCCUGACAUUCGGGAAAUUUGGCUCGACGGUAAUCCCUUCACCAGAACUCACAAGGAUUAUAGAGUAGCCAUAUUCAACAUCUUUCGAUCUGCUCCAGGCUGUACAGAGGACAUCAUCAUUGAUGGUCACGGGCCGAGCUACUCCGAAAAGCGUCUACUGACAGAGCGUGCGCCCAUUCCUGAUUCGGUACCGGUAGUCAAGCAAACAGCUUCGGAUACUCCUGUUGUCGUUGAUGUUAGCACACCUGCCAUUGUCUACAACUUACCCAGGGAUUCUUCUGCUCUGCGCAAAGAGCGUGUAGUUGCUAAAGCUGUCACUAGUGAAGUCAACAUCAAUUCUUCGCGCCGUCGAAAGGUAUCAAAGAGACGCAUUGUUGAUCUUGCAACUGGUGACAGCAGUUUAACGCCUACGCCGAAGGAAUCAUUUUCGGAGAAUUCCGUGAGAGUACCAGAGUCCGAGGUCGGAAACUACCGCAUUACCGCGCAGCCAGGCAUAACGUUGCUUCCACCCGUCAUACUGACGGACAGCAGAAAGACCCUGCUCACUCAGGCUCCUGCUGCGGCUUCAAUUCCUGGUGCUUCGGCCAACACCAACAAGCCCCUCCCACCCACGCCACUUUUAUAUGACCUGGAUAGUACUACAGAUGAGCCAACAGCAUCUAAAGACUGGGAUGCUAGCGGUGAGAUGUAUCGCCGAAAAAUUGAAGCCCUCCGCGACAGAGUUGGUAGCGGCUAUCUCAGUGUCUUGAGCGAAGAGAGCUGGGAUGGAACUAGCAGUCCGUUCAUAUCUUCUGGCGUUCCGUCUGUUGGAACUUUACGCACGGGACAUGUGUCUCAUCAUGUGCCUAAAGCUCAAGCGAUCCACAGCGGUCGCACGAUGAGCUGA